GGUUAGGUCUCGUCGUUGAUAAGCCACAGAAACAUAGAUUAGGGACAGAAGCUUCUGAUAACCUCAACCACCAACCCUGGGGGUGAGCAAUUCCUGGAGCUAUAGAACAUCGGUUUGCAUACCACCGACGCGUUAGAUCUUGCGUCAAGAUGUCUCCAAUCAAAAGCGUGGCUGUCAUUGGCACGGGGCCUGCGGGCGCUAUUGCCGUGGAUGCCCUGAUGCAGGAGAAAGCAUUUGACCGGGUGCGCGUAUUCGAGAGACAGGAAAAAGCCGGUGGGUGCUGGGUUUCGCGAGACGAGAAACAGGUGCCCUUGGAUGUCGAUAAGCUAUCCACAAGGACAGCGGAUGCUCCUCUCCCAGUUCCGUCCGAUUUGCCUGCGUUCACACCAGCAUUGACCCAGCAUCGCUUUACUGACUCCCAUAUCUACCCGAAUUUGCAUACCAAUGUGGAUGUUGCGACCAUGGAGUAUUCCCAAGAGUCAAUCCCGACAAUCCGCUCGGAGAUGUCAAUCGCGGUGCAUGGGCCAGACACCCCUUUCCGUCACCACACCGUGAUUCGGCAGUAUGUUGAGGAUCUUCUGAACCGCAAUGGUUAUCAAGAUCUUGUAGAAUACAACACGACCGUGGAACGUGCGGUCAAAAACCCUAAGACCGGUAAAUGGGAACUGGUCUUGCGGCGGUCUGGCAAGCCGGGUGGGUAUGACUACUGGUGGACUGAGACGUUUGAUGCGCUGGUGGUUGCCUCGGGGCACUUUUCUGUGCCUUAUGUCCCCUCUAUCCCCGGCCUGAAAGAAUGGAUCGACAAAGACCCAGAGAGCGUGUUGCACACGAAGCAGUAUCGUGGUCCCGAACGCUAUCGCGGAAAGAAAGUCGUCACCGUUGGAGCUUCUGUGUCAGCAGCAGAUACAGCAGUCAGCCUGAUCGGCUCUGCACAAUCCCCCAUCCACGCUGUGGUCCGAGGUCGGUAUAAUCCUUAUUUUGGGGAUUACGCGUUCCGACACCCGUCAAUCAAUCGCAAACCACCCAUUUCGCGCGUCUCCAUUGAAAAUGGGCAGAGGACGGUGUACUUCGAAGAUGGAACCUCGGUCUCGGAUGUGGACUAUAUCAUCUUCGGAACGGGUUUCACCUGGGCAUUGCCCUACUUGCCGGAUAUCCCGACCAGAAACAACCGUAUUCCGGAUCUAUACCUGCACGUCUUCCAUCAGAACGAUCCAACUCUGGCAUUCUUGGGAGCGAUUGGCGCCGGAUUGACUUUUAAGAUCUUCGAAUGGCAGGCUGUGGCUGCGGCGCGGGUCCUGGCUGGCAAGGCCCAAUUGCCACCCUUGAAGGUGCAGCAGAAAUGGGAACAAGAUCGGAUUGCAAAGAAGGGCGAUGGGCCUGGGUUCAGCGUCAUCAAUCCGGACUUCCGGGAAUAUUUUGAGACCCUGCGUAAAUUGGCGGGCAACCCCAAGGCAGGCGAGCCGGGGCGUGUCCUACCUCCCUUUGAACAGGAGUGGCUGGAUUUGUUCAAUGCUGGGCAUGAGCGCCGGAUUCGGAUGUGGCAAAAGGCCAACGAGGCGGCGGCGAAGAGUAAAUUGUAGUUGAUGCUCAUUUGGGAUUUGGUUCUUAUAUACGGACUAUUUUGACACUAGUAUAGCGCUCAUUGCUUAGACGUGAUAUUUAGGCUAUAUAGACCGGGUCACAUGGUCCCCGACG